AUGUCUGCCACCACCCCUCCUGGCCUGCAAACCGCGCCACCAACGGGCUCGAUUACUUCACCACUCAGCUUCACCGCAACCGGGCCCACCUCGUCCUUCAUCAAAGUGUACUGUGGCAAGGACGAGUGUGUUCCGCUCAGCAAGCAGUGCACCGGCGGGGUCUUCCAGGGAGCCCUCGCAGAGCUUGCAACCCGCGUCAGCAAGCACGAGGCGCUGGCUCAGAGCAGUCGAAGUCGCCGCGCGAAGACCAUCGGAAGUGCCGCCGCGGCAGACAGUGAAGUUCCGGUUGCGGCGACUGCUGCUGUUUCCAGCAGCAGCGUCGGUGGCAAGGGGGAGGCGACACCCCCGGCGGCAGAGAGUCGCGCAGGUGCCGCGGGGCACUCUGGUGGGGUGGGGAGGGAUGGAGGCACCAGGACAGAAAAGCAGCCGUCCGCACCUCUGUCGUCGACGUCAGCGUCGGUUCUGUCAGCAUCGAAGGGUCGUGCCUCGCCUGGGCCCUCCACAGCACCCCUCCACACCACCGCCACCUCACUCAGCAUCAAGGCAGCUGAUGCGCCGGCAGGUGAUGUGCUUGCAGGGGUGGAUGAUGUUCGUAUGGCAUGUGGUGCCGUGUACCGCCGUGCUGAGCUGCUGCCGCUCAGUUUUGUGCGCGACGUCGCGUCAAACAGCAAGGUGACGGUGCUGUACAGGCAACACCUUCAGCUUCAGGAGCAGCUCCGGCGUCAUCAGCUGGAGCAACAGCAGCUACAGCAGCAGGGGGACGAGGGUGAGGACGUCGCUGCCACCAUGGAUUCCAAGGCAUCGGAAGAUGAUGCGGCAUAUGCUGAAAGUAGCCAGAGGGCUGGGGGUCGCGUGGGUGGGAAGGGAGUCAAGUCACACACCAACAAAGUCAGCCCACGACGGCGCGGGAUGCCGAGCGUGUACCGAGGCGGAUCUUCUGUAAGCUCCGGUCCAACUUCCGCGGCCGCUGCGGCUGCGCUGGCUGCCCAGAUCCGCACGCAGCUCUGGGCCGCUUUGCGGAACACGAUCCCGUUCUUCGGAGUGUUGGCGAUGCCUGUUCACACCUCCAUGGAACCCCUCAUCAGCCUGCCAGCAAUGUCAUCUGGCGGCGGUGCAAGCACUACCGCUGCGAGGGCGGCAGCACCGACACCGACAACGACAACACCGCCGGCAGCAGGCAUGGUGUCAGGGGCUACGGCCGUCUGUAGCGGCUCGUAUGUGUUGCUGGGGUGCCGCGAGCGACCGCGCAAGGCAGCGCUUGCGGGUGAAACAGCACCGAUGUUUUCCCCAGCGGCGCCAUACGCAUCCGCUGCUCAGUCCGUCAUUGGCGGAGUUGCCGCGUAUCCAAACAUCUCGGCUGUGGAGAGGCUGGUGGAGCAGGCCAACGAGGCAUCCGUGGUGCGGCUUCCACCUCUCUGUAGCGACGCUGUGCUUCGCAGCACCGGGGCCGCUGGUGACAGCGCCAAGCGGUCACCGCGAAAGCCGCGUUCACACCCGAGGGACCUCCAGGGGCAUCAGGUAUUGCAGCAGUCCCUGCCGGCGCGGUGCACGCUGCAGCCCAACACGAACCGCGUCGUGCCAAUGCCGCUUCCGCUUCCGGACGACAUCGCGGCCUGUUACAGCGCAGCGAGGCUCGUGACGAAGCCGCUCGGGCAAUCCGCUGCGGCCCCCAACGAGGACGUGGACGACUCCACUGCGCUCUCGGGAACUCACGCCAGCGGGGAUGCCACUCACUCCCACAGUCGAGGUCACUCCGGUCGAACACGUCGACGGUCCUUAGAUGAGCACGCCGACAUUCUUGUGAGUACGGCGGAUGUCUCUGCGGCUGCGGGUUCGCGACCUUCACUGGACAGCGGUAGGGGCGCAUCAUUGACGUGGUUUGCGAAUAGCGCCAAGGGCGGCGGCGGCGGCGGUGGUGGGGCGUUCUCCGACGAGCUCAGCGUCGAAGGUGGCGAGGAGGCAAUCCUAACGGCAACAAAGCGGCCGUUCUGUGCUGCUGCUGCUGCUGCCGCUUCGCGUGGCUUUAGCUCCCCAUGUACCUCGCCGCGUACGAAUUUGGCCGCGGGGCCGAGCGGCAGCCUACCCAAAGACGGCGACGGACUUGCAAAGGAGGCAGAGCCAAGCGUGCCCCUUUCCGCGGUCGCCAUCGCCCGCCUUAUGCCUUCCACUCGGUUCACGGUGCAGCUCUCCAGCUGCGCGGUAAGCUUGACUGCGCAGACGCGGAAGGGAGCGGGGGGGAACGCGGCUGGUGUCGCUUCCGGCAACGCCACUAGCACAGCAAGCAGCGCCACCGCCGGUGGCGCUGUCGACAACUAUGCAGACGAGCUUGCUGUCGUGUUCGACGGGCUGGAUGUGCUCUGGCACGGGGCCAACGGCGAGGAGGCGUUGCUGCAGUGGGUGCUGGACGAGUACUCCAUUCUACUGAAGCAGCGUAUGGCGGCCGCCAUUGCGCAGUGGACGUCUAUGGUACGGGCCGGUGACCCCAGCAGUGGCGCCGCCGCUGCAUCCUCGUCCAAGGCGAACAAGAUGCGGUGCCAAGCAUCAAAGGGC